AUGCGCCGAACCUUAUUUGAAGAGCUGGGCUUGAAAUCAAAGUCCUGCCGGGUCUGGGAUAGCCAUGUAGCUGUGGGGCUCAGCUGCUUUGCCUUCGCACCCAGCGCGGCCGCUUUUUGGGCAGUCUUCUUGUGCCUGGUGCGCGUGGAGAUACAGGAGCCUGGCAUUUUGAUCCAGAUGAUCCUAUACCCACUGCUUGGCUGCAUGUAUACCUUGGUGGUCAUAACAUCUUACUUGGCCGACUUUUUGUUUAUUAAGAGGGAGCAAAGGUCUCUCUACGGAAGAGUCGACAUUGCCUUUGCAUCGGCGACAUUCUUUCUCUCGAUGUUUGAUUACUAUUUGAGGGCAACGUUCUGGGAAACCAUGAUGCUGGUUGUCAUUGCCCUGGCGGCCUUUGCUUGGUCGGGACAAUCUCAAUCGUUCGAGAUAUGGGUUUGGCGGCAUAGCCUUUGGCAUGUCAUCGGGGGCUCUGUUGCGCUCUACGGUGCCCUCAUGCACCUGCCAGCGGCUGAUCGUGGCUCGGUGCGAAGGGUCAUUGAGCCCUUGCAGCUCUUGCUUAUGCAGAGCCUCUAUGGGCUUGCUAUUUGUGUCUUCCUUGUGAUCCGGCAGAACCUGGACAAGAAGCAGCAGGAUGAGCUAUGGUCUACUUGGGCUGUGCUAGAUCCUCAGGUGACCGCAAAAGCUUCAUUGCAUCAGAGUGUGAAGGGUGCGAGGCCCUGCAAGGAGACACAGAGAUCUGCAUGGGCUUGGCCUUGGGAAUGGGGAACUGCAACGCUGGCGGCAGAGAUUCGUGAUCUCCUCCUGGCGGCAAAGGGUGACCCCUUGGAAGCUGAUGCUCGACAGAUGGUGGAGCAGGGAAUCGAUCGCCUGGCAGAGGCGCGGGUGGCUUGUCCCGCAGAACUCUUAGGAUUCAGCAGCUCUCCGAGUGAUGGGCUUUGGCGGUCGGUGUUCAUCCAGGGGAAGACCCCGAAAUGGGAGGAAAACGCGCGGCUUCUGAGACCACUGGUGCAAAACAAAGUGGGCCAAGCCUAUGAUGCUGGCAAGGGCCGAGUCACUAACUAUGGGGAGAUCCUCGGUGCUGGACUGCAUUUUGUGGCUGAGGGUAGCUUCACCCCAGUGGAUGAUGCCGGCCAGUGUCCAAAGGAAUUUGACGUGAAGAUUGAGCAGGGUGGUUUGGUGAUUCUGGGAGUGCCGUUGUUGUCAACAGCCAUCUCCGGCCCUGGGCUGGUCAGGGUCCUAUACAUCGAUGAAGACAUCCGAAUCUUCGAGUCGCCCACAGACAGUCCUGACCGCUGGGAAGAGCAGGGUUUGCGAGUGAUACAGGUUCGUGACUUCACAAACACUGGUGAACUAGAGCAAAUCGAAUCCUUCAACGAAUGGCUCGAAACCUACCCGGCAGAGCACAAAGUCGUGAUUGCUGGAAAUCACGACAUCACCCUCCACGAGGAGUACUACAAGGGCCGUGGGGCAAAACGUUUUCACCCACAUAAAUCCUAUGACUGUACGAAGGCCAAGGCUUUGCUGAAAGGCUGCAUAUACUUGGAGGAUGCGUCCAAGGAAGUGCGUGGGUACCAGGUCUACGGAUCGCCUUGGCAACCCGAAUUCUGCGACUGGGCCUUUAACCUUCCGCGUGGUGAGGAACUACGAAGGUGCUGGGGUGCAAUCCCAGAAGAUACUGACAUUUUAUUGGUCCACGGCCCACCUGCGGGACAUGUGGAUCGGACCUCUCGUGACACCCGGGUAGGUUGUGAGGACUUGCUGGCUGCGAUCCAGGACCGUCGCGUGUCUGUGGUGGUCACUGGGCAUCUCCAUGAGAGCUAUGGCACGUCUGCAGAUGAGGUGACACUGUUCGUGAACGCCUCCACGUGCACAUCCGAGUACAAUCCCACAAGGCCACCCAUCGUUUUCGAUCUCCCACCACCUCGAGAACUUCAGGAGGCGACGACCAGAGCCGCCUCCCAGAGAAGAGCGGCCAGGGCAGAUUGA